UAGAGGUUCUGCGUCGCUGGGCAUAAAUGCAACGGAACCGUAAGUUUGAAUCAGUUGUUUUAGAAGAGUUGAACUACACAGAGCUUGUCUCGAAGCAUUCCGUCAACGAAAACAUAAUGCGUCAAAGAGGGAAUAUAUUUCAUGAUGACACUAGGAUGCGCCAUCAGUACGAUGAAAUGCCUCUCACCAUGAAAGAACUCGGUGUCGAGAAAGGUUUUGAUUUUGACUUCAAAUAUGGUCAAAAAUCUGCGUGCGAAUUCAACGAAGAUUUGGCAGCCAUUCACCAGAGUAUGAUGCAAAGCCCGAAGAUAAACCGUCAUCGAAAGAAAAAAAGGAGAAAGUAUCCAAAGUUUAGAUUUGUUCCGAGCCUGGAAGCCAUCAAAGAGAACGAACUAUUUGAAACGCAUUUUGAAAGUAUAAGGAAAUUAGAGAAAGAUUUAGCCUCCAUUCACGAAGAGCGAGCCCUGAAUCGUGGUAUGUCCAUAACGGAAGAAGGAAGACGAGAACGUCGAAAAAGAGGUUCAAGAAGUUCGAGUGCAAGGACGUGAUUGGACAAACUAGCUACGACUAUGCUGGUCAAAGAAAAAAACGCUGAUACAGCCCAAUAACUAUUCGCUUUGCUGUAUUAGUUAAAAAUAACAUGGGUACAUGACUCAAAUACCGUCGAUACUUGCACAGCCAUUAAUUUACAAAUUCAUUGAAAGAAAAAAGGGAACCUUGUCAAGACUCGCCAAGAUGGAAGAUGUGAGCGUUUCACCACGAGUAACUGAGUGUAUCAGUAAAGUUAACGGCUCAGAGAGCAACAUUUAAACAACUUGUAGACGUAAAACGCUUUCACGGUUUUUUUCAGUUUCACCCUAAAUGUACAUUGCUCUAGCACACAUUUAUGCGUGUGGGAAAAGAGAGUCACAAGAGAGAGAUCAGUGCAAAGAAGCAAUAACAUCCCUAUAUUGAAUGAAAUGCGGUAAAUUUCUCGUCCGUUAUUAACUCGAAAAAGAUCUGAGUAAAAGCGAUGGAUCCGUCGGUAUUUGCCACGCCAACAACCCACAAGGAGGAGAAGAUAUAGGGAUCGAUAACAAUUCCUCCAAUUUUGUAAUAUUGGGAUUUCGGCAUUCAAGAAGCAUACGUGCUAAUGAGUCUGUAAAGCGAAAUCUUAAUAUUCAAGAGCAAAUAAACAUCAUUUACAGUUAAA